AUGUGUGUUGCCUGCCUGUCCCUGUGGUCUGUCUGUAUUCCCCAUGUGGUGUGCGGGCGCGGCGAUGGUUUAGGUCGCUUCUCUCCACGUCUUUCGUUCGCUUCGGCAUACGCCGUUGUGGGCGGGCGGCGCGUCGAGCUUAAGACGCUGAAGUUGUUAUUUCUCGAGCCGAGAGGAAAAAGCCGGACUAGAAAGGGGUUUCAUCUGCGGCGCUUUGCGAGCGCCGAGCAAGCAACCAAAGACACAGCCCAGCGCACAAGAAGCCACAGGACCCCUGUUGUUGAGAAGGUGUGCGCCGGCCAGAUGCCGUUCUUAGCAAGGCCCAUUUGGAUCAAUGGGCACACAGAUGGGUUGGCAAACGGCAGCAAAUGUUCCAGGGUUGGUCAGGGUGAGCUGGAGCGUCGAGCAUUCAACUGCAAAGAUGUGGGCCAGGCCAGGCCGUCCGUCUUCGUCCUUUCGAGGCUGUUUGUCCUAACCGUCUAG